AUGCUAAAAAUUAAUAUUGCGAUCGAUGGUUCAGUAGGUUCGGGAAAAACUACUAUUGGUCGAUUAUUAGCCGAAAGACUAAAUUACCAGUUUUUAGAUAGUGGUUUAUUAUACCGCCAUUUUGCCUUGUUUUACCAGCAAAAUAAUCCUCUGGAGUGGUUAGAAAAGAAUAAAGAAAAAGUGGUCUCUAAUUUAGAAAAAGAGCGUCAACCACUUAGUUCACCAAUGGUUAGUGAUUUAGCUUCUCGGUUAUCUCCGCAACCCGAAUUGCGGAAAAUUAUUUUGGAAUUUCAACGGAAAUUAGUUCAGGAAAAGGGUUGGGUAGUAGUAGGACGGGAUAUCACUUCCGAAGUUUUGCCAGAGGCUAAAGUUAAAGUUUUUCUAACUGCUAGUCUAGAAGAAAGAACCAUUCGAAGGAGUAACCAAUAUAAAGAAAAGUUAAGUUCCAAAGAAGUGAGAAAGGAAUUGCAAGCAAGGGAUGAACGGGAUAAAGAGAGAAAGAUUUCUCCGCUAAUAAAAACACCUGAUAGUUGGGAAUUAGACACUACCCAUUUGUCUCCGAUUGAAAGCGUGGAAAAAAUAAUUCAGCAACUAGAGAAAAAAACAGUUAAUAAAAGAUAA